AUGUCCGAGAAGCCCCAGAACCCCAUGCGGGAUCUCCGCAUCCAGAAGCUCGUCCUCAACAUCUCCGUUGGCGAGUCUGGUGACAGGCUGACCCGAGCAGCCAAGGUGCUCGAACAGCUGAGCGGUCAAACCCCCGUCUACAGCAAGGCCCGCUACACCGUCCGUACCUUCGGCAUCCGCAGGAACGAGAAGAUCGCCGUGCACGUCACGGUCCGGGGCCCCAAAGCCGAGGAGAUCCUCGAGCGCGGCCUCAAGGUCAAGGAGUACGAGCUGCGCAAGCGCAACUUCAGCGAGACGGGCAACUUCGGCUUCGGCAUCAGCGAGCACAUCGACCUCGGCAUCAAGUACGACCCGGGCAUCGGCAUCUACGGCAUGGACUUCUACUGCUGCAUGACCCGCCCCGGCGAGCGCGUCUCCCGCCGCCGCCGCUGCAAGAGCAAGAUCGGCUCCACCCACAAGAUCAAGCGCGAUGAGAGCGUCAAGUGGUUCAAGCAGCGAUUCGAUGGUAUCGUCCGGUAG